CCGGGCUGAUUGAGAAUAGCCUCCUUCCACUGUGGGGCAAACCUCCGAGGCCAGUGUAUUCCAAACUUUAGCCACAGACAGUCCAUUGAAGACUAAUUCUAUUGUCCUUUUGUCCGCAUAGUGACUUGGUGUAAUAAUGUGCUUGUGAGCCUCGAGGCCGCAGCAGAAUACUGCUUUAUCCCUCAUACAUAGUCCAUACUGCACCUGCACGGCAGGUAUUCAUCUUCGGGGUGAAAUGUUUCUCCCGUGUCCCUGUGAUCGAUGACCGGGAGGAGUUCGGUGCUCUUGACUAGGAGCCCGCAGUCUGCCCCUUGGACACCAGGUGGCAGUAGAGGUCUUUGCGGAGACACCCGUAGGGGCGUGUCCUCCUCCCACAGUCCAGGCGCCAGGGGCGGGUGUCUUCUUUUUCGGUGCAAGUAGCACGCACUUGAACGUAUUCAGCAGGACUGGACUUAAUAGUUUCGGUUUGUUGCUCAACAAGUACCCUCGUGUACAAUGCCCAGCAUCCAAAGCUUAACGAUGACGUACGACGCGCUCAACGAGCACGAGACGUUUUCGGAGGGAGACGCGCUCACUGGGAAAGUGACGCUGGCCUUGCUGAAGGAGACACCGGUCGAGAGCCUGUUUGUGAAAGCCAAGGGAGACGCCGACGUCCGGUGGACGAAGAAGAGCGGCGACCGCACCCACACGUACCAUGCACACAAGAGAUAUUUCAAGCUCAAGCAGUUUUUGAUCCCAGAGAACCGUAAGGACACUGUAAUUCCCCAAGGAAUCCAUAUCUACAAAUUCAGCUUCAAGAUACCAACAGGAAGCAUGCCAUCAUCAUUCAAAGGGGUUCAUGGAAAGAUUGUCUACAAGCUGGAGGUCAAGUUGUCCCGAAGUUGGAGGAUGGACCAAACAGUAGAAAAGGACAUACGUUUUGUCUCCAAGUCCUAUCCAAACCGUGGUUCUCUGAUGUUACGCCAAGUAGGUUCCACAAAGAAAGAGAUGGGCCUUUUCUCCAAAGGACAGGUACAUAUGGAUGUCAUCGUUGACAAGUGUGGCUUUCACCCAGGUGAAAGUAUUGCUAUUCUGGCAAAAAUCAACAACUCUUCGUCUAGUGAGAUGAUACCCAAAUUCAGUUUGAUUCAGGAUGUGGUGUACCACGCCAACAGCAGUACCAGACACCAGAGCAACGUUGUACUCAAAGUGGUUGACAACAGUAUUAAGUCCCAAACACAGAAGGAAGUACGCUGUGCAAUACCAAUACCUCGUGAUCAGAUGCCAACAAUCCAGAAUUGUGACAUUAUCUCAGUGACAUACACUUUAAAGGCGUAUCUGGACAUCAGCUUUGCUUUCGAUCCAGAGAUAGUGCUCCCAGUGGUCAUUAUUCCUCCAGACCUCGAUAAUGGUGCUGUUAGGGGCCCCUACCCAGCUGGAGCCGCCGGGGGCCCAGGCAACACAGACUUCCCUCCUCCUGCGGUGUCCAUGGGUCCUUAUCCGCCGAGGGAUUUUGGGGGUCCAGUCAACAGAGGCGUCCCUGCUCCUGCUGUGUUUAUGGGUCCUUAUCCUGCAUCCCCACACUCAGGCAACUAUGGAUACCCAGGGGCCCAACAGUAUCCAGCACCACCACCUGCGUACCCAUAUAACCCGUCUCUGAAUGUUAGUCCACCAGGUGUGUACCCGGCUCCGUCUUCACACGUGAAUGGGGGAUACCCUGACCCAGUGCCACGAUUGGCUUCUUAUGGAUCUCCAUUUCCAUCCUCAUCAUCGCCUUCUCUGCUUCACCCUCCGCCUACAGCCCCAACAUUUCAUCCACCCCCAUCUGCCCCAUCACCUACAGCUCCACCCUUUAGCAUAUCUCCAACUGCUCCUUCAUACAACCCGCCGUCUUCUGCAGCAGUGAUGAGCACAGACUUUCUGUCUCAAUCGGACGAAGCUCCUCCAGCAUAUUCUCUCCUUUUCCCGUCUUCCGCUACUGACAAGUCAGAUGCCAAAUAAUAGAAACUAUGCUUUAUGACUGAAUCAGUUAUUUUUGAUGUGAAAUACUAAUUUAUUUUUAAAUGUGGAAUCUGAUCACCUAGGUUUUUAGGAGUGAAUGUAAACAAAAAUGUCACUCAGUGCCUCAUUUUGUUUGCAUGUAAACAAUUAUAUGGGCAAAAGGUAUUUGUGCAUCGUAUCGGGAUGUUUUAUCCUUCUUAGUUACGGUGGCUUAUUGUCUUCUUGCAACUGCUCAAACCUCAUCCGUCCGGAUACGCUGUGUAUGCACACGUGCCAUGUUCAAUGUUCAACACAGGAAGCCUCAACUGAUAUAUUUUUUAACGGUAUAUAGCACUAAAAUGUGAAUAGGUCCAGUUCGGAAAAAAAUUCUAGAAGCAAAAGGUCCGGAAGAUCAUAUUGUGACUACUUAGUGUGAUUAAACAGAGGAAUAGAGUUGUAUCAACAUUUGCAUGUAAUCAAUACACAACUAACAAAUCAAAUGAAUUCACGAUUCUAAAACUCUUUUACAUAACAUACACGUUCUUACGUAACAAAGAACUGAACAUAUGUGUGAAUGCAAAUAUAAAUAAUGUUCUAAAAUAAGUAAAAUAAGGGCUGCAUUUAAAAUAAAUAAUAGAAGAAAAGCUUGAAUUUCUCCUUUUCUCCUUCACAUUUGGAUCUGUCAGUCUCAGCAACUUAUAACUAAGAAAUCUACACAUUUAAACAUUUGAAGUUUAUCAGAAUAUAUGUAUAUAUCCACUCUCCCACUUGUUUGGUAAGCUGCAGCUGGAAGUGCGAACAGAAACAAUUUUGUUCAUUAUGGAUUAAAUACUUUACUUUCGCUGUUCAUUUGUUCCUCAUUUUUCUCACCCGUCCCCUUCUCUCGCUUUCUCCAUCUCACCUGUCUUUUUCUCAAAUUUCGCUAUCUUUCUUUUCUUUCUACCGUCUUUUUAUUCAUAAUUUGCCGCUACCUCUCUCGUCUGUCUGUUGAGACGAUAUCAUCGUCCUGCCUGGAAUACAAAGACUAUUGGUCGAGUGGUAUCACGUGGGAUGGUUUAGCUCUAAUGCACUUGUUCUGUGCUUUAGGACGCUACCGUAGAGACGAGUGAAGCUGCUCAGUCAAAAAGUCACGUUUAAACCACAACCGCCUUUUUUUUAGCUUUGGUUCGGAUGGGACGGCUCCUGGGUCCGGAUGUAGACCUCUGGUAUACAUUAUAUACUGAUAUCUCUACCUCAAUCUGAUGUGUGGAGGCUAGUUGAAAGAAACUGGACGACAAGGACUAUUUUAAAAAUAUUUUCAUAUGUUUAUAAAGCAAUUGGCUGAAUUUGCAUUUUCUCAAUAUAUUGGUCAACACUAGACAACUUCUUCUGUCUAUUUCAUCGACACAAUACUGAGCAAACCAAGCUUUUGUUAAACUUGCUAGAAGGCAGUGUUUUCUUUGACUUUGAGAUGAAAAUAAACAAUGG